ACCUGGAACGUAAACAACUGUAGAACAAGAAAUUAGCCGCUAACAUCCUAGCAUAUGUUCCAUCGAUUGAGGAAAUGGCGACGAUCGCAGCUGUUUAUACCCUAUCGUUUUGAUAUUUACCCCUAUAAUACUAAAUGUAAUCCAAGUAGAUACGCUCCGUCCAUCAUAUAACGAAUAGGUUUAGACAUGAACGCUCUUGUUGGAUACAGCGGCUCAUCAGAGUCCGACAGUGAUGGAGACUCAGAGAAUGUAAACAGUGAUCAAGGAGGCACGAGAACGGAUCUCAUUGAUGGGGACCCACCGGACAAGAAGACCCGUAACUUCUUGCUGGAGACUGGUUCUGCCACCAGUGAGUCUGAUGAAUCUGACCACGGUGACCCGGAGCCUUACAAGUCAAUCAAUUCAAGUAGAAGUCAGACCAGCUUGCCUACUGCCUCCUCCACGACCAGCCCUCACAAACUGCCGCCUCCUAGUCUGCAAGGCUGUUCAGAAAGCAGCGUGUUCGCCAACCCAUUCAAAGCUCAGGCCGAGCGGAAGCUCAGUGCCUUGCAGAAACAUGUCCCGCUCACAAUGCAGGCCAAGCCCUCUCAGAUUGGAGGGAAGAGGAUAUGCGUUUCCUACAGGAAAAGUGGAAGAUGUAGAUUUGGCAUCAAGUGCAAAUUUGCACAUGAUAGUGACCUCCAGACUGCAGUAAUUCCCAAUGACUCUCAUGCAACUCUGAGUGAUAAGGGGGAAGUUGGGUCACGCACAGGCAGCUCCCGUAAACCCCCGAAACAGGCCGUGCAGGAUGAAUCAGAAGGCCAGUGGGUGAAGAAGCGGAGGAUUGGUGUAAGCGACACGCUGAUGCCUCCGAAGAAAGCCAUGAAGCAGUACAACAUGCUGAGGAGCAAAGAACGCCACAACAUGUAAUGAUCAUGUAAACAUUAGCUGUCACACUGGUUAUAAGUGGCUAAUUCUCAUCUGGACAACUAAUAAAACAAUGAAUUUGUUGUUAAGACAUUUAUUUACAUCCUACAAAUGAAGAGCUGGCUUAUCUGCUUCAACAGCAUCCUGACCACAAAGUCCAAACUGAAAACAAUCUGUACAGGUUGUCACUUCAGCUGAAAUCCUUGAGCGAUGAAAGACGGAUUAAUUUACGGGACUUACAAGAACAGUCGAUUUUCACGUUAUAUAAAUAAACAUUGCGGUUUUAAUCCUGACGGAAGACUUUGUUAUAGACAAAACAAGAUGUUUAACAAUUAAUGAUCCAGUUGUUAAAACUAAAUUCAUCUUAAACUCAUAUGUGUUAGUGGCAGCUCAAUAGUCAUUAUAUAUUGUGGACUUAAUAAAUAAACACAUGGCUUAAUUAA